AUGCUAACUACUGGGCAUUUUGAUAGCCACCAACCCAUGAUGCGUCCACGUAGAGAAAGCCGUCUUGCUCAAUCGUUCAAACCCGGUUCCCUCACAGCGGCUCUUCGUCCUGAUACAGCUCGUGGAAACCUUUCCAGGAGUUCCCGCGUUGAUAAUGACAGUGAUGCUUCGGAUAUAGACGAUCGGACACCGUUGAUGCGGCCUUCCUCCGGCCAGACUUCCAACGUGCCUCGAUACGGGACGGACACCUUUUCAAGUCAGCUCUCAGCCCGAAAACGACAGCCUUCAGUGCAAACUACUUCAUCCCGGACCUCUCGUCGCGCUCCUCGGAGUCCUACAAUUAAUGAUCGCGAUUAUGACAUCAACAACCCCCCGUCGAUGCCCACCUCGCCAAAGACAGGUCCAGAAAUGGGAUAUGAUGAUGCGGUAGUAACCGGUACUGAAUUUGACUUCUCGUUGGCGAAGUCAAUUGACAAUCGAGUAGAGGCAGGGCCGCGCGACAUAGUAAUUGAUAUGGAGGGACCUCCGAACCAUUCGGCCCCGUCAUCCCCGCCAUCCCUUCAUCGUCGCCCAUCGCAGGAUGCGCUCCGGCGGCGCCGAACAGUGACCUUGCCAGUCGAGGAAGACGUUUGCUUCCCGACGGAUGUACACUCGGAGGCCGAGGAUGAACAUCGGACGGCCCGAAAUGGUGAGCGUCGACGGAGGAGGCAUCGAGAAUGGCCAGAUCUGUCUAUUCUCGAGGAAUGGAUGCGCGAGGAAAAGGAGGAACGUCAUGGAGACUUCCGUUCGAAGAAAAUCAGUGAACCGAUGCUUAUUGAAGGGCGGUUGCGACCUCAAUAUCAAGCAUGGCGACGUGAGGAGGAUGACGCCCCAUAUCGGUUUACUUAUUUUAAUGAGGAGUAUCAGAGCACACUCCAUGCCCAGAGUAUCUCUGAACUCAUCCAGCCAGGAGGGAGCUUCCGUGAGCUGUUCAUUCCGGAACCUCCAGUACUGGAGGACUCAUCGGACGACGAAGAUACAGAUUCUGAGCAUGGCGAUGGCGAACACUCCCAUCAUGACUAUAACAACAACAAUGCCUCUCUCAAUGGAACUCACCCAACUUUUUCGGACCCCUUUUCGAACCACAAUGGUGGCGGAAUCGAAAACCACGGCAAUGACGUUGUACCAGAUACAAACCGUGAUAGCUCAAAGCAACGCACUUCUAUUAUCGGCGAGGCUGUUUCAGAGGCACGUAAUCAUUCGGCUGAACCACCAACUGUACGGUCUCAAACUCCCUCUAAACCGAAGAAAUACGGACCCCGACCGACCUUCUGGCUUGAUGUGCUUUGCCCUACGGAUGCUGAAAUGAGAGUGAUUGCAAAGGCAUUUGGAAUUCACGCUCUGACAGCAGAGGAUAUCAUGAUGCAAGAAGCUCGUGAGAAGGUCGAAUUGUUCCGGAACUACUAUUUCAUCAAUUACCGCACAUUUGAGCAGGAUCCGAACAGUGAGAACUAUCUGGAGCCGGUUAAUAUGUACGUGGUCGUCUUCCGCGAGGGGGUUCUUUCCUUCCACUUUUCGCAAACACCUCAUCCAGCCAAUGUUCGGCGCCGCAUUCGCCAAUUGGUGGAUUACCUCAUUCUCAGUUCCGACUGGAUUUCCUACGCCUUGAUUGAUGAUAUAACCGAUGUGUUUGGUCCAUUGAUUCAAGCUAUUGAAGAUGAAGUCGACGAAAUCGAUGAGGUGAUUAUGCGCAUGCAUUCCGAAACCGAACGAGACGCUAGCACCAACAAAGAUAGUCUGGCCAGCAACACUGUUUCGGACCCUCCAGCUCCGGGAGAGAUGCUGCGACGUGUGGGUGAAUGCCGCAAGAAGGUUAUGGGCAUGUACCGUUUGCUCAGCAACAAGGCGGAUGUCGUGAAGGGGUUUGCGAAGCGGUGCAAUGAGCACUGGGAGGUUGCGCCCAAGUCGGAGAUUGGACUUUACCUGGGUGAUAUUCAGGACCACAUCAUGACUAUGACCAGCAGUCUGACCUACUACGAAACCCUCUUGUCCCGAGCACACUCGAACUACCUCGCUCAGAUCAACAUUUUGAUGAACGAGCGACAAGAACGCACAGCAGAUGUGCUUGGCAAGCUGACCGUGCUGGGAACUAUUGUUCUGCCACUGAACAUCAUCGGUAGUUUGUGGGGUAUGAACGUCAAGGUUCCCGGACAGGAUGUGGAUAACCUGGAUUGGUUCUAUUCGAUCACGGCUGCACUACUUCUCUUCGCCAUUGCCGCGUUCUAUAUUGCAAAACGCGUGUACAAUAUUGUAUAG